UUGGUAAAUGUCAUAAUAAUGUCAUCCAAGCUAGAACCAAGACAUUCUCAUCAAUCGAAAUUGUAAAAAUAAAGUUUGUUGUGAAAUUGUGAGGAUUUAAAUUGACGUGUAGCAGUAAACAGUAGGCCAAACUGACAUGGAACCUGAGACACCCAUUGAAGAAGCUCCACAACAAAGUAUUCACAUAUUCGGACGAGACAUCACACAAAUACCAUGCUUCCGCAACAGUUUCCUCUACGGAAUCAGUGGUGGAGUUGCCACCGCAUUCGGUACGUUUAUGUACACAUCUAGACCGAGAUUGGGAAUGCACGUUGGAAUGGGUGCCUUUACAUUAACGACAAUCUUUUAUUGGUUCAAUUGCAGGUACAAAUUCUCUCAAGAUAAAUUCAAGUUCGCUAAACUACAGACGGCAAUGCGACAGAAGACUUUGUAUGAAGGUACUGCGAUCGAAGAGGCCGUGGAAAAGUCUGCUAAAAGUGUUUAAUUUAUAGUUUCACAGUGUGAAUGGUUGUUCUAGAGGAAUUAGAUUAUUUAA